CUCAGUUUGUCUUUUUAUAGACAAAUAAAGUAAACAAAUCUAAUAAACUAUAUUUGUAACAAGCUAUCCAUUUUGAUCAUACUGGAUCAAAUUAUUGUGUGAAAUUUGAAGUAUGGAGAUUGGUUGGUUGUUGAAGAGAGCUUCAAAAGCUAUCCAUGGCCACUCUUCUUACUCUAAGCUUCUCCUUCUCUUCACUCUCAGUAGUGGAGGUUUAGUAGCAUAUUCUGAGUCACAAUCUGAAACCGGUGUGCCGGCUGUUGAUGUAAAUCAAAAUGAGAAGAAAAAGAAGAGAGUAGUGGUUCUGGGUACCGGAUGGGCUGCUAUCAGCUUCCUCAAAACUCUGGAUGUCUCAUCAUACGAUGUUCAGGUUGUCUCUCCUCGGAAUUAUUUUGCAUUCACCCCUUUGUUACCUAGUGUAACCUGUGGGACGGUUGAAGCUCGAAGCAUUGCAGAGCCUGUACGCAAUAUUAUCAAAAAGAAAAAUGGAGAAAUUAAAUUUUGGGAGGCAGAAUGCUUCAAGAUCGAUGCUGCAAACAACAAAGUUUUGUGCAAGUCUAAUAUUGAGAACAACAUGGUGGGAAGUGGAAAUUUUUCUAUCGAAUAUGACUACUUGGUUAUCGCUGUAGGAGCACAAGUAAACACUUUUAACACCCCUGGUGUCACGGAGAACUGCCACUUUCUCAAGGACUUGGAAGAUGCUCAAAAGAUCCGGAGAAGUGUGAUUGAUUGUUUUGAAAAGGCUGUUCUACCUGACCUAACUGAAGAAGAGCGAAGAAGAAACCUUCAUUUUGUAGUUGUUGGAGGAGGUCCUACUGGUGUGGAGUUUGCUGCAGAGCUGCAUGACUUUCUCCAAGAAGAUCUAUCCAAUCUUUAUCCAAUGGUUAAAGAUCUUGUGAAAAUAACUGUCAUCCAAUCUGGAGAUCACAUUUUAAACAUGUUUGAUGGGAGAAUCAGUUCAUUUGCUGAGCAAAAGUUUCAAAGGGACGGUAUUGAAGUUCAAACUGGAUGUCGAGUUGUUGGUAUUUCUGAUAAAGAUAUCACCAUGAAGGUCAAAGCCAAGGGAGAGAUUUGCUCUAUACCACAUGGCUUAGUUGUAUGGUCUACUGGUGUUAGCACUCGCCCAGUCGUGAGGGAUUUCAUGGAGCAAAUUGGGCAGGCCAAGAGGCGUGUUCUUGCAACUAAUGAAUGGCUGAAAGUAAAAGGAUGUGAAAACGUGUAUGCACUUGGAGAUUGUGCGACAAUUGAUCAGCGUAAGAUAAUGGAAGAUAUCAGUGCCAUAUUUAAGGCUGCAGACAAAGACAACUCUGGUACCUUGACAGUUCAAGAAUUCCGAGAUGUGGUAGAUGACAUACUAGUGAGGUACCCUCAGGUGGAACUUUAUCUGAAAAACAAGCAUCUAAUGGAUGUGACAGAUCUAUUGAAAGAUUCUGAAGGUAAAGACAGAAAAGAAGUGGAUAUUGAAGGGUUUACGCAAGCCCUUGCUCAUGUGGACUCACUGACCAAAACCUUUCCUGCAACUGCACAGGUUGCUGCGCAACAAGGUACAUAUCUUUCACAUUGUUUCAACCGUUUGGAGGAUUGUAAAAACGCUCCUGAAGGUCCUCGGCAUUUUGGAGGUUCUGGGCGUCAUCAGUUUCGUCCAUUCCAGUACAAACAUUUUGGGCAAUUUGCUCCUUUGGGAGGAGAGCAGGCUGCUGCAGAACUUCCUGGAGACUGGGUUUCCAUGGGUCAUAGUACCCAGUGGCUCUGGUAUUCUGUAUAUGCAAGCAAACAAGUUAGCUGGCGCACUAGGGUGUUGGUAGUCUCCGACUGGACUCGCAGAUUCAUUUUCGGAAGAGAUUCAAGCCGUAUUUGAGGCAUUAACUAUGCCAUUCUGUGUAAAAUAUCUCAAGGCACAUUUUUCUUUCCCAACUGUAUUCAGUUUUAUUGAAAAUCCUUUGUAAAUAGUUUGUAAAUUCAAAUGAUUAAACUCUUUUCAUUUCCUGCUUUUGGGAAUGAGUGAA